AUGAUGCCCGGCCCUCAUGGCCCGCCUUCGGCGAUCCGCCAUGCACCAGGGACGCAGGCAGGAGCAUCCCGUACUACCACCACAUCCCGCCCACAGACACACUCGCCGGUGCACCAUAACCCAUAUGCGCAGUACCACCACCCCCAGCACUAUGGCCCCCCCUACGGCUAUCCACAGCACAUGCAGCAGAUGCCACAAUGGAACCCUUACCAUCAGCCACAGGCACAGUACGUGAUGCCGCCGCGCCAGUUCCAGCCUCACGCGUCGCCCGUGGUCGUCUCUUCGCAUCCCCACAUGCCCAUCCCCCCGGUUAACCGCGCAAUGGGGCAAACACCGCCCAUUGUGCACUCUCAUACGCCGCCAGUCCAGCGCAUGCACACGCCCCAGCCGGCACCGUCGACACCGUCAGCACACUCUCAGACUUAUAUGUCUGCUUACAACACCUCCGACGAACAACACGUUGAGUCGAAGCCUGCCCAGGGCACGCCUCCGACGCCUGUUCAAACGACCGUUCGCAAGUCCUUCUACCCGCCACUUCCCUGGCUUUCUGUUCCUGGCCCCUUUCCCCCGCGUGCUGCGGGACGACGGAGACGGAGGCGGGCGCCCGUAGCUGCUGAGGAGGAGGGCCUCGCUCUUCCCUCUCGUGAGCAGGCGGUCGAGGACGAUGUCGCGGAGUCUACCGGAGAAGUUGAUGACGGCGACCAGACACCGACUGAAGAGCCGACCGAGUCGCUGGCUUCCACCGCCGCACUCCCUUCCGAUGCAGAAGUUGAUACUCCAUCCACAUCCCACCCUCCUUCCGAAGUCGACCUGGCGCAUGUUACAACCCCUUCUGCUGUGUCUCAGCAAGCGCCACCAACAGCUCCGGUUGCGAAGCACGCACGCACUGCUACUAUUCCUGCCAUCCCGCUUAUUCCUAUCAAGUCGGCAAAGGCACCCAGUGCAACUUCUACCACCCAGAAAUCGGUCAAGUCACCAGCGCCCAAGACCGAGGACACUUCGGCAGAUGUUGAGGCCGAGGCGACACCCAAGGCAUCACCGCCCAAGCCAUCUGCACCAAAGUCAUGGGCCGAGCUGUUGAGGGCGAAGAAUGCUCCUGCUGCCGCCCAACCCGCGGCAGUAGCAUCAGCACCUCCUGCCACCAACGGCGUAGCUGCUACGAACGGUCCCGUAGCUCCUCGCAGCAACACUUUAGCCGAUGUUCUCGCGUCUUUUUCUGUCGACUCGGAGAAGAAGGUUACUUUUCUUGAGCCCCGUGGCCUUAUUCUUCAAGUCCUUCUCUUCUGCGUGCCAUUUUACGACUUCCUCGACCAGGUCGCGAAGCGCGCUGUGCAUAGCUUCAAGUCCGAGACCCCUCUCGUCGACGCUUUAAUCAUGUUUAUGCGAGACUUCAAGCUCAUCGACUCUGCUGCUACCGUUGAGAAGCUCCGCCUUCGUCUGAAAGACAAGGAGCUCGAGCAAUAUGGCGACCCACUCACACCGGAGUAUGUCUACGACGUCAUCCGACGCCUGCCUCGAUUCGAUAACAUGAAGCGAGGACAGCAAGAGGAUGCUGAGGAAUUUCUGGGUUUCCUGCUUGCCGGGCUACACGAUGAAGCUGCACACAUCAUCAAGAGUGACAAGCAAAAUCAGGUAUCAAACGGAGUAACAUCGCCUUCUGCAGAACAAUCGGAGUCAGUUGAUGGCGGGUGGAUGGAAGUCGGUGCAAAGCAGAAGUCAGCCAACACCCAAUCUUCUGGCGCGAUUGAGUUCGAAACGCCUAUUACCAAGAUCUUUGGCGGCAAAUUGCGUUCCGAAUACAAGAAACCUGGAGAGAAGGCCUCUGUGACCCUUGAACCAUAUCAGCCUCUCCAAUUGGACAUCGGUGAACCGAACAUCAACAACAUCUCGGACGCCCUGAAGAACUUGACCCGUUUGGAGACGCUCGAUGGCGCUGUUCGAGGCGCUCGUGCUUCGACCAAGCAAGUGCACAUUGAGUCGCUUCCUCCUGUCCUAAUACUCCACCUGAAGCGAUUCCACUACGACGCACAAGGACCGCAAAAGAUAUGGAAGAAGGUCGGAUACCCAUUGGAGCUCGAGAUUCCAAAGGAGGUGUUUCCGCCACACAAGCGAAACAGCUACAUGACCCAUGGCGCAUUCCCACGCUACAGGCUGAUUUCCGUCGUCUACCACCAUGGCAAGAAUGCAAGUGGUGGGCACUACACAGUCGACCUCCGUCGACAAGAAGGUAAUGAGUGGAUCCGCAUGGAUGAUACCACUCUUCGCCGUAUUCGCGCAGAAGAUGUGGCCGAGGGAGGUGCUGAGGAAGACCCGAAGGUACUCGCUGCUGCGCUGGAGCAACACAAGAAUGAUGCCGGCAAGAGCAAGAACUUUUUCGCUCAAAUCGACAUGGAAGAAGAAGAGGCAGACAAGGGAGCGUGGAGCCAAGUGAAUGGCACAGAAAAGAAAGAAAAUCCGAAGAAAUGGGCUGGCAUCGUCAACGGUACAGCAACACCCAACUCCGCGGGCAAGAGGACGCCGAUGCCCAAGGAGAACGUCAGGGACAACAAGGUGGCAUACAUACUGUUCUACCAGCGCAUUGAGACUUGAG